AUAGUACUACUCACAGAAGCUAAUGACUUUGCAGGGAGCAACUGAUGAAUUUGUGUUAGAUCUUGUGGAACAAUGUUCAUUUCAAAAGCAGCGUGUCAUGCAUCUUGUAAUGACCUCCCGGGAUGAGAAGAUGGUUACUCAAGCAAUCGAACUUAACGAGCAGCUUCACAAGGUUCUCACACAACAUGAUGCUUUUCUUUCUGUUUCUACCGGUUCAACUACACCUUCACUUGCCCACCAUGAACAAGAAGAGGAAGAGGACGCAGAGCGUCUUUACCGGAGGAUAUGUAAGGGCAAAGCUUGUGCUGAAGAUAACUCCAAUGGUUCCCUAGGUUCAUUCAGAUCAAUCCCUGAGGAAAAGAUGCGACGACCACUAAUUCGGCCACUCUGCAUACAACCGUCAGAUCCUGACAGCAAACCCCCACACCCAGCGGUAUCAAUUCCUCCUCCACCAGCCAAACACAUGGAGAGAGAGAAAUUCUUCAGGGAUAAAAGUACAGAUAGCUCAGGCAUGGCUGUCCAUUUGAGAGGUUUAUCACUAGACAGUCGCAACGGUAGCAGCUCUCAUGGCGGUAGCACAGAUUUUAGCGAUCGAGACUUCAAUGGCUUUCGUGAUUGAUUCUCUAACAAAAUCUUGGAAUGGUGUUUAUCUUGGCAUUUCUAACUCCUGCAGGCAUUCUCUGGCUUCAGACUGAUUUAUUAUAUGCAAGGUUGAUAGUUCUGCAAGGUCCUGCGUAAUUUUAUGGGUCACAGUUUAAAUUAAGGGGAGUGAUAUUUAUAGAGGAAAAGAAAAAGAAUUUGUCUGGGUUAAAUGUGCUUUCAAUUGAUUGUUGUUUUAAAGAGCCCUUGCUUCAAGUUCCAGAUAGUUUUCUCUUGUAAAAUUUGAUAGAAUAAUAUGUUCUAUUUGUAAAGGAAUCUCAGGUUGGUAAGAACAGAUGUUACAUGGUGAAAAAUUCGGCAGGUUUCGGUGGUGCCAAUAAUAGGAGAUUGAAUUGGAUGGUCGUGUGUUUAUUA